AGGACGAAUUUGCAAACCCUGCACUCUUUUUCUCUGGACUCUUUUUUCUUUCUUUUCACCUUCAUUGUCAUCUUCUAAUCCUCUUCCUAUGGGCAUCUUCACCGAGGAAGUUCCAAAGACUUCGGUCACUCUCUAUAUCGAGCGACUUUCCAAUUAUGAAGAGAUCGAGUGGUAUCAAUUUCAGCAAUUAACCGAAUCCAUUUUCAUGCAAGAAAGCGGAUCUCGAGAAGCCAUCGAAGCUAUUCGUAAACGGUUAAAGCAUGGAACAACCCAGCAGAAAUUGCGAGUGCUAGAGGUGUUGAAGCUUCUAAUGGAAAACAGCAAUCAGCGCUUUCAUCGGCAACUCAUGUCUAAUGAAAAAAUGAAAGAACGAUUCGAGUUGAUGGUCACUUCUCCGAUGGAAGCCAUCGAAGUUCGAAAAACACUGGUUGGGUUGUUAGGUGCUUGGUCUCAAAAGUAUAAAGGUGAACCUGGAAUGCAUAUACUGGGUGACAUUUAUGAGAUGGGGAUGAGCAAGCUUGGUUAUUCCACCAAACGGUCGACAGCAAUGCGUUCGAGACCAAAGUCACCCACCAAAGAAGAACGCCGACGAUCCAUGCCGCCUCCGGCCAAGCCGGUCAAACCAAUCGAGACCAAAGUCAAGAACAAACCUCGUAGUCAAAGCAAUGCUACCAACGCGAGCAGCAGCGGUAGUGGUCAGCGUGUAUUCAAUUUCGAAACUGCCAAACCCAAGAUUAUCAAUGAAGUGGCGCUUGCCAACCAGAAUACCAAUAAUCUUGUGAAUGCGCUUAAACUGAUCAACACCCGAGAAGAUCGCUGGGAGAUUGAUUUGCAACACGAUGCUCGCGUUCAGGAUCUGCGUCAAAAAUGUGAAGAGUCAAAGAGAAAAAUUGUGCGCUAUGCACGUCUGGUGGAAGAUGAAGAAUGGAUCGGUACCUUGCUUGCUACCAACGAAGAAUUGCUACGCGCUCUGGACAUGUACGAUGUGAUGUCUGUCGGAGAAGUACCAGUCAAUAUGCCGACUUCGCCGGUGGCCCCGACCUCUUUGCCGUCUCCAAUGUCUCCAACCCAGCAUAUGCGAUCGCCGCCUCCUCCUCCUCCUCUUUCGUCAAGUCAAUUUAGACAAACACAGGACAGUCCAUUGCAGCAAUUCUCGUCACUCAGUGUUUCCGACCGUCAAGACUCUGUUGACUCUGAUGAUCCAUUUGCUGAUCCCGUGCAACCUUUGGAGGACGAUUUCCCAAACGAUAGACAACGCAAAGGUGAAUAUGUUUUAUGAUGAGUUGCUUGUAUUUUUUAUCUAGUUUAUGGUUUAUAUAUUAUUUAUAUUUAGUGAAUUCAUAACGAUGCUGUUCAUUCUUUUUCUUUUGAUACUGCUGUAUCAACUCUUUAAUGCUGCUGCGGCAUACUUGGGAAUUGGUGCUGACAUUUAAGUCAAGCAGUUAUUGUCCAGUAAUUACUGUUUUCGAAAGAUCAUGCAGUGUGAUGGAAAUGUGGGCCAAUCAGACUCAGAGUUACUGUAUGGCGGCAUGGAAAGGAGGCAACCCAUAGUCAGCCGCGCAGUGGUUUUUAGCGUCAUCAGCGCCACACAAGUCCC